AUGAAUCCAGAUGAAGAAAAUUUCGAUGAUGACAAUGUCGAUGAUGACAUUGAUGAUAUUCCACCACCACCGGGUGUCGGACGCGGAGGACGCGGACGCGGGGGACGUAGACGUGCUUUACCCCGCCGCGUUGUUCGGAAUCGAUGGUUGGAGGGUAUGCCCAAGUCUCGAACUGUAGAUGGUGUGGAAGAGGAGUACGACUCCUACGACGACGAUGAUGACCAUGAGGACGAGGAAAUUGCCGAUAUUGCACUUCUAGCUCCUCAAAAUGAAUUGUUGGUUGACCGGUAUGGUAGACCCAUCAUCAUGCCAUAUACCGCCACAGAUUUGCAACCCCAAAAUGCGGCGACGAAGGCAAUCAAUUAUGCAUUGAAAUCCAAAUUCCAAGCUCCAUAUCUCAACUGGACGGAGGUCAAGGCAGAUGAGCGUGGAUAUCAACAAUUUUGGAAUGGCUUCAGGUCGCAAGUAACUUGGCUAAAUCACCACACAGCGGCUAUUGAGGCUAUAUUCAACAAAAAAGCCACCAAGCGUCUGUCGACCUUACUUUUUGAAGCACGGAAAAAGGUUAAAAAGGAUCCUUCAAAACCACCACUUUGGCUCGCUGGUAAUUCAUACCCUAUGUUGUGCCUCAGAUGGGAAGAGGAAGAGUAUAAGGCAAAGUGUAUAAAGAACAAAAACAACAGAAAUACUGAUGAAGCCAAUCGUGCGUGCGUACACUCUGGAGGGUCGAAAUCUGCCGUAACGCUUCGUCUUGAGUUCAUUCAACAAUUUGGUCGUCCACCCACCUUUAUGGAAAUGAAUGACCUGAUGCACAAGUAUGCAGAUUCCGGUGAAUGGACGGGGGCAAGGGCGCAAGAAGUUUCGAGGUUGACGCAAAUUUGGGCUGAAGAAUAUAAUGCCAGCCAACUACGACUACCACCUCAUAGGCGAGAUAAUGAGGAGGUUCGUCGAAACAAGAUGUCGUUGGCUUUUGUUAAGAAUGCUGGUGGUGCGAAUCGAGGUCGCAAAUUCGCUGCUUGGUGUACAUCUUCUUUAUAUGCAAGUGACCCAACUGGUUUAAGAGAUGUCACUUACACAUCUUCAUCUUCAUCUAGUACAGGACGCUCUCGGCCAGCUCAAAGAGAGGAAACCGAUGAUGAGUAUGAAGCGCGAAUGAGGGCCACGUAUCGAGAAAAAUUCCGCGAAGAGUACGAAGCAACAUUUGAUCAGCGGGUGGACCAACGGGUCCAACAUGUAUUGCAGGAAUUCUUUGCGCAGCAGAGGGCGCCGGCGCCGGCAGGGGUUGGAUCAUCAUCUCAGGGAUCGGCACGACAAAAUCAAAAUGCCGGUGAACAAGAAUAUCGACCGGAUUUGAAUAGCAUGGUCAAUUUGAAUCAACUGCCGGAGUACCGAGAGGGUGAUCCAGUACUGAGUAUGAGCAUAUAG